UGUAGUUUUUGGGCUGCAUAGACACCUCUUCCCAAGUUCCCAACCCACCUUCUUCGCACCCUAAAGAAUUGCAGUGAAUUCUCUUUGCAAUGAGCGUAGAGCUGAAGCGCACGCUAUAGAGAAAUGGCUUUCAGGGUAGCCAGUGCAAGGACCUGCUUGGGAAGUGGGUACAGUUUGGGGUUCAUGUUCAACGUGCAUAGAUUUGCUCAUGUCAUUGCUCGACCGGCUCAAAUGGACGGCGACAUCCGCAACCCGCUGUUCACAUCGCCAACUAUGGCUCUGCCCGAAUCUCAGGAGGGCAAUGAAGGCAGCACACGAUACGGAUUCCAAGACAUCCCUUUCUUCGAAGGCUCUAUGGAACUAAUGGCCGUCCCCAAAAAGAAGGUUUCUCGUCAUAAGAGAGGCAUACGAAAUGGACCAAAGGCGCUGAAACCUCAACCAGUUAUUAUCUGUUGCAAACACAGUUUUGGGGAUCCCAACUCCCAUAAAGGAGCCAUGUUUCUCCAAUUGCAGCUGCUUUUAUCAUGUAACAAUUUCAAAAGAGGGUUUGUGGCCGAGUCAAAUUACCACACUUCUUUUGUUGUGGCGGGAUUAGGCAAGACCCAGAGCAGUAGAGAAUAUCAUGUCAUAUUUGCGAAGGGAUGGUUAAAGCACGGAGAACUCACGAGAAAAUCUGCAUGUUUCCUUUGUAUACAUCGCAGAGCCUGCACUUUGAUCUUUAACAGCUCACAGUUCCUAUCUUUGGCAAGUUGAGCAUUUUUUCACAUUAUUCUGUCAAGAUCAUCCACUGGUGUUUGAAUGGUGUGUGCUUACUUCUUAGUAGAUUCUCAAAGCAAUAGAUUUGUUUAACUUCCAAUGAAAAACAUAAAAUAUGUCCAUUUGAUUGUUUAUCACAAUAAAACGGACUUGUUUUUAAAAUCAUUAUUUUUCAACAGAAAGAGAAAGCCAACUUUUUUC